CAAUUGCAAGCGGAAGGGUUGCCCAGCUAUUUCUCUUUGUUGAUCAGUUUUGUCCGGCCGUAUUUCUGACGCGAACACGGAUUCGACCAGCAUGAGCAACGGAAAGCAUCUUGCCAAAGGUUCUACACCUCCGGUACUGCCGAACGAUGGUAAACUGCGGCUGUACUCGAUGCGAUUCUGCCCCUACGCCCAACGGGUGCACCUGAUGCUGGAUGCGAAGAAAAUCCCUUACCACACGGUCUUCAUCAAUUUGAGCGAAAAACCCGAGUGGUACUUCGAUAAGAAUCCACUGGGAAAGGUGCCCGCCCUGGAGGUACCCGGCAAGGAAGCGGUCACACUCUACGAAUCACUAGUGCUUGCUGACUACAUCGAGGAGGCCUAUUUGGCCCAGCAGCGGAAGCUCUACCCAACUGAUCCGUUUCGUAAGGCGCAGGACCGUAUCUUGAUCGAACGGUUCAAUGGGGCGGUCAUCUCGCCGUACUAUCGUAUCCUCUUCUCGACCGACGGAAUUCCGCCCGGUGCCAUCACCGAGUUCGGGAGCGGUCUGGACAUUUUCGAGAAGGAACUGAAGACACGCGCCACACCAUACUUUGGCGGUGAUAAGCCGGGUAUGCUCGACUACAUGAUUUGGCCGUGGUGUGAGCGUGUUGAUUUGCUGAAAUUCGCGCUCGGCGACAAGUACGAACUGGACAAGGAGCGGUUCGGAAAGCUGCUAACGUGGCGGGACUUGAUGGAACAGGACGAGGCCGUCAAGGAGUCGUUUAUAUCGACUGAAAACCACACGAAAUUCUUGCAGAGCCGCAAGAACGGAGAAAACAACUACGAUAUCCUAGCGUAAGCAUUUGAACAUUCAUUCCAAGCCGGCUGUUCACCUGCGAACGAGUGUAACAUCACGCCACACCUGGUGACUUGCGUAUUACUAACUCCGUUAUCAGUAAGAGGCAUCCAUGCAGAAGCCUUUAAAACAUGUCUGCGUUCGGAGACCCUCCCUUUCAGGGUUCCAAUAAAUUGAAGUAAAA